AUGGCCCGGGUCGGCCAGGCCGGCAGGGGACGGGGCCGGGGACGGGGCCGGGGCCGCCCGCGGGCGCAGAGCGGCGGCUGCCCGGGGCCCGGCCCGGCGGGGCAGCUGGUGCUGCUCAUGGUGCUGCUGCCCGGCGAGGGGCGGAGGAGCCGCAGCGGCAGGAGGCGGAGGGGAGGCGGCCGGCCCAGCGCUCCGGCCCCGCGGCUCCCCCGGGAGCGCCCGCGGCUGCUGCUGCUGCUACCGCCGCCGCCGAGCGCCGAGCCCGCGGCCCCCGCCUGGAUGGAGGGUCUCCCCAGAGGAGGGCUGACCAUGAAGGAAGAACCCUUGAGCAGCGGACUGACAGCAGUGAGGUCCUGGAUGCAAAGCACCGGGAUCCUGGAUGCCAGCACGGCAGCCCAGAGCGGGGUGGGCCUGGCCCGCGCCCAUUUCGAGAAGCAGCCGCCCUCCAACCUGCGGAAAUCCAACUUCUUCCACUUCGUGCUGGCCAUGUACGACCGGCAGGGGCAGCCCGUGGAGAUCGAGCGCAGCUCCUUCCUCGACUUCGUGGAGAAGGACAGGGAGCAGAAUGGUGAGAAAACGAACAAUGGCAUCCAUUACCGCCUGCAGCUGCUGUACAGCAACGGGCUGCGGACGGAGCAGGAUCUCUACGUGCGGCUCAUCGACUCCAUGUCCAAGCAGGCCAUCAUCUACGAGGGACAGGACAAGAACCCCGAGAUGUGCCGAGUGCUCCUGACCCACGAAAUCAUGUGCAGCCGCUGCUGUGACAAGAAGAGCUGCGGGAACCGCAACGAGACUCCCUCUGACCCCGUCAUCAUCGACAGGUUUUUCCUCAAGUUCUUCCUCAAGUGCAACCAGAACUGCCUGAAGAACGCGGGGAACCCGCGGGACAUGCGCCGCUUCCAGGUGGUGGUGUCAACGACGGUGAAUGUCGACGGGCACGUCCUGGCGGUGUCUGAUAACAUGUUCGUCCACAACAACUCGAAGCACGGGCGCCGGGCGCGACGGCUGGACCCCUCCGAAGAAGCAGCCAGCCGGCUCUGCGGGCACGAUGCCCGGCAUUACAGAGGAUCCGACAGGCGCCAGGCACCCUGGAAACGACCUGGCACCAAAUCCCGCAGCACUGCCCUGUGA